ACAGGACGUCUCGGGUGCGCGCAUUGUUCAGAGGAGGAAGAGGGAGGGAAACGGGAUUGAUUUCGACCUUAGGAAGCGAGAAAGAUUUCGACGCGGGAGUGAGACGCAAACACGGAUUUUCUUUGGGAUAAGCGAACGGGCCUCGCUGCUAAAACGAUGCCUCACUCACGGCGGUACCCGUCUUCGGAGCGGGCGAGUCGAGGCAGCUACCAGGACCGUUACCGCGGCCGCAGGCACCGGCACCGCCGCUCGCCCUCCCUGUCCUCCAGCAGCGAGCGAGAGCGCGAGCGGGACAGGCGGGGUGGGCCGCACCGGCAGGGCUGCAGCUACCUGCGCUCCAGGAGCUACGACAACCGCUCGGCAGACCGCAGGCCGUACGACCGCCACUACUGCGAGGGCUACCGUCGCCUGGACUACGGCCGCGAGCAGGAGCGGGAGAGGGAGAGGGAGCGGGAGAGGGAGCACGCCGCGGCCGAGGGCUACUACGCGCACGCCGACUUCGCCGCCCGCCCCUACGACUACCGGCGCGGGCGCGAGCGGGAGCGGGAGCGCGAGGACUCGUACGAGAGGAAGGGCAGCAGGCGUAAGCACAAUCGAAGGAGGCGUAGAACCAGGUCCUAUAGCGCGUCCUCUUCGCGGAGCGGCAGCCGGACGCGAGCGUUGAGCGUGCGGGACGACGAAGAGGGCCACCUGGUCUAUCGGAGUGGGGACGUCCUGCAAGAGAGAUAUGAGAUCGUGAACACUCUGGGGGAAGGAACCUUUGGGAGGGUGGUUCAGUGUGUGGACCAUCGCAGGGGCGGAGCCCGUGUGGCCUUGAAGAUCAUCAAGAACGUAGAGAAGUACAAGGAGGCAGCGCGACUGGAGAUUAACGUGCUGGAGAAGAUCAACGAGAAGGACCCGGAGAACAAGCACCUGUGCGUGCAGAUGUACGACUGGUUCGACUACCACGGCCACAUGUGCAUCUCCUUCGAGCUGCUGGCGCUCAGCACCUUCGACUUCCUCAAGGAGAACAACUACCUGCCCUACUCCAUCGGCCAGGUCCGCCACAUGGCCUACCAGAUCUGCCAGGCGGUCAAGUACAUGCACGACAGCAAGCUGACGCACACGGACCUGAAGCCGGAGAACAUCCUGUUCGUCAACUCGGACUUCACCAUGACGUACAACGUGGAGAAGAAACGGGACGAGCGCACGGUCAAGAGCACCGCCGUGCGGGUGGUGGAUUUCGGCAGCGCCACGUUCGACCACGAGCACCACAGCACCAUCGUGUCCACCCGCCACUACCGCGCCCCGGAGGUCAUCCUGGAGCUGGGCUGGAGCCAGCCGUGUGACGUGUGGAGCAUCGGCUGCAUCCUGUUCGAGUACUACCUGGGGUUCACCCUGUUUCAGACCCAUGACAACCGGGAGCACCUGGCCAUGAUGGAGAGGAUUCUGGGUCCGGUUCCUUCUAAGAUGAUCCGUAAAACCAGGAAGCAGAAGUAUUUCUACCGCGGCCGGCUGGACUGGGACGAGAGCAGCUCGGCGGGGAGAUACGUGAGAGAGAACUGCAAACCGCUGCGGAGAUACCUCCUCUCCGAGGCGGAGGAGCACCACCAGCUCUUUGACCUGAUUGAGAGCAUGCUGGAGUACGAGCCCUCCAAGCGCCUCACCAUGGCCGCCGCUCUCCGCCACCCCUUCUUCGAGGCCGGCAACGGGGGCGACGCCAGCGGCAGCAAGAGCUGGGAGGGCAACCGCGACAUCAGCCGGUGACCCCGCCCCUCCCGGGGGGGGGGGGGGGGGGGGCAGCU